ACUCACUCACUUGUCUAGAACAAUGAUUUCAACAAGUGCUCGGAGCACAAGAUCGAAGCUUUGGGCGAUUUAGGCCUUUUCAACAUGAUGAGGGGUUUGGUAAGGAUGAGGACCUUACAGAUUAGGUGGAUUGACAAGGAGGCGUCAGUCAAGUGCCUAAGGAACCGUCUAGAGACCAAAGAGGAGACCUUGAAGAAGUUCAAGGAAUCCCUUCAGACCCUAAAUACGAAGCUCAAGAAGCAAAAGGAUAAAGUGCAGGGGAGCACCCGUGAAGUUAAGGAUGUGACAAAGGAGAAUUCCAAUCUUAAGACCAAAUUGACUGCUCUUCAUAAGCAUGUGGACAAGGUUAGGAAUGAGGCUGUUACGGAGUUACAAACGUCCCAGGCCUAUUUUAAUAAGAUGGGGGUCCAAUAGGGUGAUGGCUUUGAGGACUUUUGUAAGCAGGCCAUCCUUGUGUUCCUUGGUUUGGAUUUCUCCUAAAUUUAGAUAAAUACUUCGGUCCUAAUAACCCCUGCUGGUGAUGAUGUCCUUAAUGAGGAGGAGACAAACCUAAGAGGCAGAAGCUGUCGGGCCAAAGGGCAAGGGAACUGACGGAUCAAGAGAGAAGGAGACUGACAAACAAUG